AUAAGUGUCAAUGUCAUGAAAUUUUGAUCUCAUGUGCACAUUGUUUUUGUACAUGUGAUCGAAGAUAAAUACAUUUAUUUAAGUUAUAAUUUUUGCUAUUACAAUGGACGAAACAACGCCAACAGUUAGUUUAAUAUCAUGCAUGCACUUCGUUAGACGGGGUGUGGCUAAAGCAGUUCCAGAAAAGAUAGAGUUAACGGAAAAAGAGUUGGAGAAGAUCAUUAAACAGACUGCUGAUGAUUUGAGGAUAACAGAGGCCGGUGAAGAUCAGUCGGAUGAUGAAGACGAGGCUGCUGCAGCACCUAGAGAUCCACCGGCCGACCCCAACGAUGAGUUCAAUUUUGAAAAAUACGAUGAAGAGGAUGAUGUAAACCCUGUUGGCAUCGGUACAGUGGCUACUGUGCCAAACUUAGGUGAUCUAAGUGAAAAUGUACAGAUAAACACGGAAGGACCUGACAGUGAUGAAGAAGAUGACAUUAUCAAGCCAACCGACAACCUGCUUCUGGUCGGACAUGUAGAGAGUGACGCCAGUAUCUUGGAAGUAUAUAUCUACAACAAGGAAGAGGACUCAUUCUAUGUACACCAUGACAUCAUCCUGCCAUGGUUCCCGCUGUGCGUCGAGUGGCUCAGCCAUGACCCAACAGAUCCAAACCCUGGUAACCUAUGUGCCCUCGGAGGCAUGGACCCAGUCAUCCAAGUGUGGGACUUAGACAUAGAGAACUGCUUGGAGCCAGCGUUCAAGCUCGGCAAGAAACCCAAUAAAAAGAAGAAGACCAAACGGGUUGGACACAAGGAUGCUGUGCUUGAUAUGUCUUGGAAUAGGAAUUUUACACAUGUGCUAGCAAGUGGGUCAGCUGACAACACAGUUCUGUUAUGGGACCUGGACCAAGGCACACCACACACUAAAAUAAAAUGUUUUGAAGAUAAGGUACAAUCAGUGUCGUUCCACCCGUUUGAAGCGCAGACGUUGCUCUCGGGCGCCUGCGACGGCUCGGCCCGCGUGUCGGACUGUCGCAGCCCGGACGCACACCGCGCGUGGACACUGGGGCCGGAGAUAGAACGGGUCACUUGGAACGUGCAGAAUCCUUUCUGUUUUGCUAUGAGCAACAACACAGGCAAGGUAGCAUAUGUGGACUGCAGACAGGACACACCUCUGUGGACACUGGAUGCCCACGAGAAGGAAGUCACGGGACUGAUACUGAGCGAGUCAGUCCCUGGACUCAUGGUCACACUCAGCACUGAUCAGAAGAUGAAGACGUGGGAUAUUUCUGGGUCUGCCCCGGUGCAGGUGAGCGAGCGCACGUGCCGCGUCGGGGCGGUGCUGUGCGGCGCGGCGUGCCCGGACGCGCCGCACAGCGUGGCGGUGGGCGGCGACAACAAGCAGAACUACAUCGAGAUGGUCGACUUGAACAUUAGUGAGCAGUAUACUGAACGGUUCGGCUCACGGCCGCUGCUCAGACCUGCUGUCCCGGCACCCGAUCCUAUGGAGACAUAGAUUGUAUAUAUUUAUAUAAAUAAACUAUAAAAUUAUA